AUGCAACCGCCCGCGGCGAAGGAGGCGGGGCGCAGGGGGCCGCGGGAGCAGGCGGCGAGGGGCGCGCCGGGCGCCGGGCCCCGCGAGGAGCCACCCAAGCCGGGCUGGACGCUGACGCUGGAGACGCUGGCGGCCAUGAGUCCCGCGAAGCGCCACCGCCACCUGCUCUUCGGCGACCUGCUGGAAGACGUGGGCGCCGCCGCGUCCCUCUUCCCUCGCGAGUCGCGAGAGCUGCUGGGCUGCAUGCCCGACCCGCGCGCGUGGGCGCAGCCCCCGGAGCUGCCCGCGCAGCGCCAGGACCGGCUGCUCGGCGUCCUCAAGGCGGCCGAGGCCCGCGGGCGGGUCCGCGCCCUGCGGCUGCGCUACACCCGCAUGCGGGCCGAGGAGAUCUCGCUCCUCAUCCAGCAGCAGGAGUCCGCGCGGGCCGCCAUCCGCCUGGAGCUCUUUCUGCCGCCGCAGCUGAAGCCCACGCGGAUCCCGGACCCCUUGGACCGGCAAGAGGUGCCGCAAGCCCCGGGAGGGAGCGAGAGGGGGCCGCGGCCCGCCGCCUCCCCGCACACACCGGCCGCAGCCAGCCCUUCUCCUCUGCAGCGGAGGCGCGUGGAGACCAUCCUGGAGGAGAACGUCGACGGCAGCAUCUUCCCGCGGUGACAGCGACCCCGAGACCCUGGAGCCGCGCAGACCACACCCCACUGCCCCACAUAAAGUUCUGGUU